GGCAGACGAUACGUUCCAAAUACGCUACGAGCCGACUGUAAUUCCUCCGCGUCGAAAAUAGUUCCACACUUUCUUGCCAAAAUCGCCUUGUUUACGGCAAAAUAUCGGUUUUUUUUCAGAGACAUCCGCCAUCCAGACAUCAAAUUCAACUGGUAAUGUGUAAAAGUCAGGAUUAAUCUCGGAAAUUAAAAAGUGAGGGACGUUUUGCGUAUGAAUCGAACGUUGGCGUCAACCGGCUCUCAGCUGUUUCCCGCGCUCGCAGAAAACCGCUGUGAGGCUUACGUAGUGUUUGGUUAUCCCGCGCUCCGUAUUUUAAUUGUGAUUUAACCCGGUUUUUUCUGAACUUUCCUUCGACCCAAUCGGUGAGUGAAAAAACAUUGCCAUGGCCAUGUACAUUGACUCGGACGGAGUCCUUUUCGAGGAAACGGGCGACGAAAAGAAGGAAAUCAUGGGAAACAUUGCGAAUCGUAUCAACAAGGGUGGUGAACCCCCAACGGUGACCAUGGAUCAGGAGAAACGUAUGCGUCGUGAAAUCGCGAAUAGUAACGAACGCCGGCGCAUGCAGUCGAUCAACAACGGAUUUCAGUCAUUGCGCAGUCUGUUACCGCAUCACGAAGGCGAGAAACUCAGCAAGGCUGCCAUUCUCCAACAGACGGCGGAAUACAUCUACUCCUUGGAACAAGAGAAGACGAGGCUGUUAUCGCAAAACUGUCAAUUGAAGCGGCAAGUUGGUCAACAUGAGGGCGGAGAACUGCCGCCUAAGAAGCGCAUCAAAACCGAGCUGGUUGUGCCUACUAUUUCAGCUGAAUCUGCAGAUGAAGGCCUUGGAUCGAUGUCUCCAGAGCCCGUAAAGUUGAUCGCUGUAACUGUUAACAACUCCAAUCCAAGCGAAUCUCCCAGUGAACUAAAAAUGGCUCUAGACCGAGAACGAAAUCUGCGAUUGCUUCUCGAAGAUCAAGUGCGGCAACUCGAACAGCAAUUGUACAAACAUGUAAGUGUGGUGACUGUCGCUAAAAAGAACAAAAAGGUUGUUCAACAGCAGCAGCAGCAGCAGCAACAACAACAGCCUCAAAUACAAUACGUUUCCGAAGAAUCCGAAGAACUAAACGGUCUGCAAUUAGUGGCUGCUGAUAGUUUGCCUCCAGUCGGUCACACUCAGACUGUGGUCUGUUCAGCACCAGCGUCUCGCUGCUCUACUCCGGAACCGACAAUUGUCCCGGUGGUAUUGGCUGAAGAAGAACGAUUGCCUAGUGUUUUAAAAGCAGCCAUCAAAGCUGAGCCGAAGGUUGAGGUCGAACGACUACCCUCGACGAAUAAUACUCACGAAGAAAUAAGCUCCGGAACAAUUUACUCUCUUAGUAACACUUCCCGACAGAAUUUGGAGACUAUUGUAGAGGCCAUUCGACAUCUAGAAGGUGAUCACAUGUUUGGUGAUGAUUCUACCGUCGGUGCAUCAGUGACUGUAACGACUUCUCCGCCUGAUCCCCAAGACAUCCCAUUGGCUCUAACGACACGAACUGAUUCCUACAUCGAGUACAGUGCCGCGACCGUGCAGCAACAUCAACAGUCGCGACCCGGAGUCAUCGUGGUCAAGCAGGCUUCGUGAUCGAACAUCAUUCGCUUCGCAAAGAUGCGCCACUACGGUCUCGCAAGGAAACUGGGGGCCGAGCACGAGGGAUGAGCAAGUAACGGGGGGGUUUUGUAGAUGGCAUAGGUGUUGCAAAAAUUGACAAAGUUCAACAUCAAUGGAAUUCGUUCCAUUUGUGUUGUUUUGGUUGUUUCCAUCACGUUUGAUAGCGCCGCAUCUCAUAAGAUAUGCAGCUUGCGUUGAUGCGCUGCAGCGUUUUGAACUGCGCGCUACUUGAGUCCACAAGUUUUGACCGUGUCUUGCGCACGCCAGGUCAUGUUUAUAGACGGCAGAGUGACGUGUAGGGAAGACUGAGAUGUACGCAAGAGGGAUGUAUGAAGUGGGGGGUGAUUGUUGUUUUGUUUCACUGAAGUCUGGGCAGCAAAAAACACGAAAGUUAUUUGUUUAUUGAACAUCAAGCCUGCUGUUGCAGAGAGAUGAGAAGUAAUGAAGCUGCAAUGUAAUUCUCUGCUCUUAGUUAAUUGCUGAAUUCGUCGACAAAACGAUACAUUUUUGCGUAUUUCAUAUAAAAUUAUUUUUUGCUAGUUGUGCCAUUAAAUUUAUACCAAACUAUUAAUAUUAAUAUUUAGGUAAUAAGUCAAAUAACAUUUAAAAAUCACUCUGUUCUAUAAGACUGACCUAGCGUGCAAAAGGUUGAUAGACCGCCUAAAUUUCAGUUCUUUUUAUCGGGUGCUUCGCCCUGCUUUUUUAAUUAAAAGUUCCAGCCACUUUCGGGCGUACUGGAGUUUGGCAUGCCUAAAAACCACAAAGUAUACAUGCAUUAGCGAUUUUCCACAUUGAGGAAUAGAAAUGUUCUGAUCUCUACUCCAUAGAGACACAUAAAUUACGUUACGGGUUAUUGAAGAUCUGAUUUCGAUCGUUACUUUAAUUACGAAUGGCUGCAAACAAUGGUACAUCCGAACUCGUGUAUCAUAAAUAUCUUCCUAAAACAUUCCACCUUUAUUGUUCGUAUUUAUAAGACAAACGCCUUAGUAUUUGAAAGCAAUACAACAGACUCUUGUUUAUGAGAUUUGGGCGGUAAAACUCUGUGACACGAGCCAAAGACUGACGGACCAACGUAACUUGGUUUACUUUCGAAAUAGUAAAACAGAUCACUAUUUACAGAUACGCGUACUUUUAAGUAAAUGCAUAUAGUAAAAUAAUCCAAGGUUGAACAUGACGAUUUUUUAUUUUAUUAUUUUGUUAUUUAAAAGGAUUGAAAGUUUCUUUUUUUAUGAAACGCCAAAAACAUAUAUUUAUCGUAAUAUUACUAUCGCUAUAAGGAGUUUUGUGAAUUGUUUUGUUCCUUUUGUAAAUAUACAAUAUACUAUAAUUUUUAGGGUUAAAUGUGAGGUUUUAGUAAGUUAGUGAGGCCUCCUGACGUAGGAAUUUAAGUACGUUUGUUUUGUAUUGUUUCGAGUUCAAAACGACUCCUAUUGUGUCAAUAGAUAUAUUUUGAUAAGGUGGCGAAUUUUCGAUUUGUUUUUAUAUUGGUGUCCGUGCGUGAUCUUGCCACCCAUUACAUUCCAAUUUGAUAUAAAAUGUGUGUGCCAGUAUCUAGCGAGUUCAUAUUAUACGCACAUUACGUCGUAUAUGAUAUUAAAAUUCCGAUUUUCGUGUUUUAUAAAAACAGAAUUUAAAAAUUCGUUUAUUUCAAGUAAACAUAUGCUAUUACGGGCAAAUUCAAGAUGAAACGAAAUUGUUUUGGCGGAUGAGUGACAAAAGUUGUUUAUGCAAUUAAAUUGAAGCUGAGCGUCUAAUAUAGUUGUACAUUACAAAGGUAGAACUAUUAAAAAUAAAACAAUAAAAAAGGUCUCUGCAAAGUUCUUCUCAGUCGCAGAACAAUUUCUGUUUAAUUUUUUUUUGAUUGCACAAUUUCAAUACUGUUUUUAAAUGAAAUAUCUGUGAUUUCAAAGAAUGAUACUCCGUGUAAACUAACUAAUGAUAUUUCAAAAUUCUGGCCCUCUAAACGACACAGUACGAGUUGAAUUUGCGUUCUAUUGCUGUUUUAAUUGAAUAUUAUUUAUAUUUCUAAGGAUUUCUAAGAAUUCUGUUUUGUAAAAGGUGAUCUUCCAAAUGCUAUUUCAUUAUCCAGGUCGCGUUGAUUUUUGAUGGUUUUUUAAAUGAAAUCAUUCACGUAUAAAAGGUUCUCUCUAAGGACUCAAGAAUUAUGAUCUUUUGAUUUUGAUGUUUUGUGUUAAGAUGCACAACUGGAAAUUUUGAUGUAUUGUCUACAGACUUCUUAUUUUUUAUGAUCGAUCAGUAUAAUGGGUGUCUUCUGAUUGGACAACAUUCCAUGCUAAAAACCACACGAAUUUUUGUUUGAAAAUUCUGCGUCAGAAUUUGAUGAUUGGUUAAUUUAACAAUUAAAUACUUAUUGUUUGCCAUAAGUAGGUAUCUGUAGCUAAAAUUGGUUGCCUCUUUGAAAGUAAUGCAUUUUCUGAACGUCUAAUACCUUCAGAAAAUGCUAUAUAACUUGAAACAGCGAUUGAUAUGUCGAACUUCCUAAUUUGAUUCUUUGUUAUCGAUACUGCUCAAUACUUUUUAAGUAUACACUGGAUGAUGCAAUUCCAUAGAUUACUUAUAAUAUUUCCAUACAAAAAUCGAGUCCAACUCAUGCAAUCCAAAUCCACAAACCCAUUUCUUUUAAUAGGACGCAUUUUGAGGAUCACUCUAUCAAACAAUUGUACAUAACUUAAAAGCAAAAUUGGUAUACGUGAACUAUGAAGUUUUGAAAAUAUAGACAUUGUUUUUCGUUAUAUGUGUAGUAAAGUAGUUGAAAGGUUUUUUAAGUAAAACUAGCAUUAGCCCUACGAUCACAAGUUCAAAAUGAUUCUAUUCGAUUAUACUUUAUAAGUUUCGGCAUGGUGUGAGCAAUGAGAAAGAAGCACGGCAACGUGAUUAUUUUUAGGCAAAAUUGAAGCUAUCCAGUGCAUAUGAAUGAUCAAUGAUUUUCAGCAAGCUGCGAUUUUCUAAAUGAGUAAAGUUAAUUAGGCGGUUAAAUGAAUGUAUUUGGAUAGCUCAGUUGGAAAGUCUGAUGUUUUCGAAAAAUUUCUGCGAUAUGUUGUAAUAAGUAACGUAGAUAAGGAUUUUAGGAAAGGUUGAUCCGUGAGGAAGAGAGGCGCGGUCAUUAUAUUUUUAAUUUGGUGUUUAGCAUGAUACAAAUUAGGAAAUAUGUUAUUUGGAUUGGAAUUCGGUCCGGCUAAGUCAGCCCGAUGCUUAGGAAAACUUAUUUAUGGAUUGGAGUUGUUUUUGAAAUAGUUUGAGUUUUCGAGUUAAAUUUCAAAGUGUUAUUGGCUGAUGGGACGUAAAAGCUCAAUUGAUUGUUGUUGUAUUUGCGCACAAUUGAAACAUUGCCAAUAACUUCCAGUCAAGAACGUUUUCUAGUUUGAUGUUAUUUCAAAAGCAACUUGGCGUGAUAGAUAUAUAGAUAUGUGUUUGGGGGUUCAACAGCAGCCGGAUUAACAUAAACGCUUAGAAUUAGACGAAAUAUUUUCUAAAUUAUAGCCCUAGGAUUUUCUCCCAUUUGGACACGUAGUUUAAAUUUGCCUCUGUGCUCUUGACCUGCGUCUUUAGGUUUUGUUGUUGGCAAGAACUUAUGGUCAGCGUUAAUCGGAUUUAUGUGUAUGUGUAUUUUUAAGGUGCUUCUUUGAUGACUUUGUCCAAAAAUGCCUCAAGCAGUGUUUAGCAAUCACGAUUAAUAUGAAGUACAAAUAAAUCCGAAAUGCAUUAGUAUUGAUGAUCAGACGCUUUUGUGCAAAGUCAAUUUGAAUGUAAAGUUCACUUAACAUUAGCAAAUGUAUUGCUUGAAGUUUUGCUAGAAAAUACUUAUUAAAUGUUUCUGUUCGGUUUGAAAUAGUUAUUUUUAUACAACUCUUUAGUCGGUGCUGCCACAAUUACUGUUGUACAUUCUACGGAUUUUUUUCGAGUUAAAAGUUAAAAAGUUAAAAUACGCCAUCUCAGUUAUUCCGUUUAAUGUUUCUGAAAAAGUUCCUAUAUUAUAGACACCGGACUGAUGCUUUUCUAGAUUUGUGCAGAGUAUUUAAAAAAUGGUAUUCUAUCAAAGGGCCCACCGCUGAAAAAAUUAUUUCAAAUUAUUAGCUAGAGAUAAACCAGGAGACUACGGAAGUUAUAGUAAUGAUUACUAAACAUGAGAAAGUCUAUUAGUUUUUUGAACUUUUAUGUUUUACUUUGAAUUUAUGUUUAAAUACGCAUUUCGGACCUCAUUUUUAUACUUUAGUUUAUAGCCAAUAUUUUUUAAAUACAUUUACGGCGUCUGUCGUUUUGUCCGGACGCUUUAUCUCCGUUUUUUCAAUUAGAACUUCGAAAAAAAAACACUGAUGGGAAAGAAUAAAGUGUUUAAUUGUGCAUUUGCACAUAAUUAGAAUAGACGUUUUAUAAUGUGCGUUUUCAAACGUUUUAUGUUUGCUUGUAUUAUUCCGAACAUUAUAAUAAAUUCUUUAUGAUGUCGAA